AUGGCAAAGUCUCGUACCACAUCCGUGAAGAAGUCCCGUGCGUGUGUCACUCCGCCGCCGCCACCAGUCGUGAAGUCUGUCAGCACGAUCGACGACCUUCAGCGGCAAGUUACGUCACACGCAGGCUCUGCGCUGCUCGUCGUAGUGAGUCCACUGGAUGCAGCCACUACGCACGCAGUCGUCGAGGCGAUUGAGAAGCUGAAUAGCAACCGAUCGGCUUUGCUGGCAGACACCAACAUCGCUGUGUGCUACGCUCUUUCGGCGACUGCGCCGGUGUGCCACUCACUUUGCGUGACCGCCACCCCAUUUGUGCAGAGCUACGCCUACGGCGAAGUCGUCGGCGAGUUCAUUGGUAACAACACGGAGAAAAUGGAGUUACUAGCGAAGAUGGCCGCAACGCAGGCCGCUGUGAAGGCGGCCCAGCUAGCCGAGGAGGAGAAGCAACGACUGGCCGCCGCAGCGGUGGCACAGGAAGAGGGUGCUGAUGUUGCUGCUACUGCGUAG